GGAAUAUCAAACAGAUGAUUAAAUUGACUCAAGAACAUAUAGAGGCACUGCUAGACAAAUUUGGAGGAGAGCAUAACCCACCAUCGAUAUAUUUAGAGGCCUACGAAGAGUACACCAGCAAGCUUGAUGCUCUACAGCAGAGAGAACAGCAGUUACUGGAGUCCAUGGGGAAUGGAACUGAUUUCUCUGUCUCCAGUUCAGCUUCAACAGACACAGUUGCAUCAUCUUCCUCCUCUAGCCUCUCUGUAGCACCUUCAUCCCUUUCAGUUUAUCAAAACCCUGCUGAUAUGUCACGGAAUAACCCCAAGUCUCCACAGAAGCCUAUUGUUAGAGUCUUCCUGCCCAACAAGCAAAGGACUGUGGUUCCAGCAAGAUGUGGAGUGACAGUCCGAGACAGCCUAAAGAAAGCACUGAUGAUGAGAGGUCUUAUUCCAGAAUGCUGUGCUGUUUACAGAAUACAAGAUGGAGAGAAGAAGCCAAUUGGCUGGGACACAGACAUUUCCUGGCUCACGGGAGAGGAGCUGCAUGUGGAAGUCUUGGAGAAUGUGCCACUCACGACACACAAUUUCGUACGAAAAACAUUCUUCACGUUAGCGUUCUGCGACUUUUGUCGAAAGCUGCUUUUCCAGGGGUUCCGGUGCCAGACGUGUGGCUACAAAUUUCACCAGCGCUGUAGUACAGAAGUGCCACUGAUGUGUGUUAAUUAUGACCAACUUGAUUUGCUGUUUGUCUCCAAGUUCUUUGAACAUCACCCCAUACCACCGGAGGAGGCCUCCUUAGGAGAGACCACCCCAGCAUCUGGAUCGUACCCCUCAGUGCCCCCCUCAGAUUCUGUUGGACCACCAAUUCUCCCUAGUCCUUCUCCUUCAAAAUCCAUUCCAAUCCCACAGCCCCUCCGACCAGCAGAUGAAGACCAUCGGAAUCAGUUUGGGCAACGCGACCGAUCCUCUUCAGCUCCCAACGUCCACAUCAAUACAAUUGAGCCAGUCAAUAUUGAUGAAUUGAUUAGAGACCAGGGUUUACGAGGAGAGGGAGGCUCAACCACAGGUUUGUCUGCAACACCUCCCGCCUCUUUGCCUGGGUCACUAACCAAUGUGAAAGCGUUACAGAAAUCACCAGGACCCCAGCGGGAAAGGAAAUCAUCCUCAUCCUCAGAAGACAGAAAUAGAAUGAAAACUCUUGGUCGACGGGAUUCAAGUGAUGAUUGGGAGAUACCAGAUGGACAGAUCACAGUUGGACAAAGAAUAGGAUCUGGAUCAUUUGGAACAGUCUACAAAGGAAAGUGGCAUGGUGAUGUGGCAGUGAAGAUGUUGAAUGUUACGGCACCCACACCUCAGCAGUUACAGGCUUUCAAAAAUGAAGUAGGAGUGCUCAGGAAAACACGACAUGUGAAUAUCCUGCUUUUCAUGGGUUAUUCAACAAAACCCCAGUUGGCUAUUGUUACACAAUGGUGUGAAGGGUCCAGCUUGUAUCACCAUCUACACAUCAUUGAGACCAAAUUUGAAAUGAUCAAGCUAAUUGAUAUUGCACGACAGACUGCACAAGGCAUGGAUUAUUUGCAUGCCAAGUCAAUCAUCCACAGAGACCUCAAGAGUAAUAAUAUAUUUCUUCAUGAAGACCUCACAGUAAAAAUAGGUGAUUUUGGUCUAGCUACAGUGAAAUCACGAUGGAGCGGAUCCCAACAGUUUGAACAGUUGUCUGGAUCUAUUCUAUGGAUGGCGCCAGAAGUUAUUAGGAUGCAAGAUAAAAACCCAUAUAGCUUUCAGUCAGACGUGUAUGCAUUUGGGAUUGUUCUUUAUGAAUUGAUGACUGGACAGUUACCAUACUCGAACAUCAACAACAGGGACCAGAUAAUUUUUAUGGUGGGACGAGGAUAUCUAUCUCCAGACCUCAGCAAAGUACGGAGCAACUGUCCAAAAGCUAUGAAGAGAUUAAUGGCAGAAUGCUUAAAAAAGAAGAGAGAUGAGAGACCCCUUUUUCCACAGAUUCUUGCCUCCAUUGAGCUUCUGGCCCGGUCAUUGCCAAAAAUUCACCGCAGUGCAUCUGAGCCCUCAUUAAACCGGGCUGGCUUCCAGACAGAGGAUUUUAGUCUAUAUGCUUGUGCUUCUCCAAAAACGCCCAUCCAAGCAGGGGGAUACGGAGAAUUUGCAGCGUUCAAGUAGCCACAGCACCAUGGCAGCACCCACUCUGUUAUUUAAGUCUUGUGUUCCUACAGUUUCUUAACAUCAAAACUCCAUUCUGCUCCGCAAAACCUAAAAUAAUUUAGAAAAGAUAUCCAUAAGCUUAAAAGUGGAGCAGAAUGGAACUGCCAGUCCAACACAAUGGGAAAAAGUACCUUUUUGGGAACCAGAGUCCUCUGCUGCCAGUGUUUCUCCUUCAACACAAACCACCACGUGCAUUCGGAGACCCGCAGUGGCUGCCUGUGCCGUUGGCAUCAUUCCCAGGAGAGAGGAGAGGGCGCUCGUGGUUUGACUGUGGUGCUCGGGCAUGAGGGGAUGGAACUGCUGCUGCAACUUAGGAGACUUGCUUUGGAUGGUCUGCCGGUCGGCUUUCUCCCUCUAACAGUGUAACCAUCAGAGGCUGAAAAUCUGAUGAGUGCUAAUUUAAAAGAACCAUUCUCCAUUCUGAUCCUUUUUUUUCCUGGUGUACUUACUGAUUUAUGGACAAUGCAGUAUCCCCUUUUCUCUGUAUUACAGUGUCAAACACCUCAAUCUGUCUAUAUUAUUGGAUUUUAUUCUUUUAAAAUUAAAAGUGUGGGGCAUUGGGAACUGGAGAAGAUGUUAUUCUGAAGGCGAAGAGGUUCAGCUGAAGGAAAAGGGGAUGCUGCUGCACCUUUUUUCAGAUUUACUUUACCAUUUCUUAAAAAGAACAAACAACGGCCACCGUCCUUAACCUUUUUCCUUUUCCCGUAUUUUCUUGGUGUGUGCAUAUACAACAUCUUUUAGAAGGAUUAGGUAGAUCCUUCUUCUGUUGGUCCAGCAACAAACUGAAGUUUAAAAAAAAAUGUAGCGAUAUUGUCCUCUCUUUUAUUUUUUCUUUGUAUCAUAUGAUACAAUGUAUUUAUCAAAGAUGCUACUGCAGCAUCUGAAGUCUGUAGAGUUCCCGAUACAGACUGUGAAUGGUGUAUGUACCUACUUUAAAAGUUUUAUUUUAAAUGAGGGUGCAGGUUAAUGCCAGGUACCUUACCAAUAUGUAAUGUUUUCGUAAACGGGGAAAAAAGUUCUCAGGUUGAAUUGAAUACAAAUACAAAACCCCCUAGAAUUAGACAUUCCAAAAAUUAUGUUUUGGUACUUUCAAGAGCUUUUUUUAGAGGAUUUUUAUCCUGUUAACUAAACGUCCUCCGAUAAGCGUGUGUGUAAAUGUGGAGCAUCUUGUCCUAAUGGCAAGUUGUUAGAUCAAAACAAAACGGUACUUGCUGGAUCCACGCUGACUACUUCUCCUCUCAUUGCUUUCCUCCCUGUCAUCUUUUCCCUUCCAUUUGUCUUUCCCUUUUGUACACUUUGCAAACUAGGAUGAAGGUGGCGGUAUCUCCACUAGACUGCUUUGUUUUCCUGUCCUCCGAUCCUGGUUUUCAAAUGGUUGGUAGCUUUUUGACAAGUUACCCAGUCAGGGAAAAAACAACUCAUAAAGUUCUGCACAUCGUUUACCUCUAGUAGAAUAUCUUGUGAUGUGAGCUGUUUGCAGAGUUCUCUGGUAUGUGGUAUUACCUGUAAAUUGUUUGUACAGAGGCAAGGCAGACCAUAUGGAAAGAAACUCAAGCUCAGACAGAAGUUUUCAGAAUUUGAUUUGUUUUGGCCCUGUACCACAGCAGGUGAGGCAGGAGAACUGACCCCCCCUCCGGCAGGGACGUUCCUGCUUAGACGUGGUGGGGGAUGUUAAACAAAAUCGUGACAAAUAAAUGAAGGAGUUAAAUGUGUGUGAAUGUGGUGUCCAUGCUAAAGAUGGAUGUACUGGGUGAGGACACUGUUCUUCCCUCCCUGGGGAGAGUUAGACUGUUUCUGUCUGCAGAAGGUUGCUCCCAGGUGAAGGGGGAAAUGCACAUUGGUGGUGGAAGGAGCUUUUAAUACCCUGGAAUUCUGCGGUGUUGCUGGUGGUCUGUUGUGUCUGUCAGUAAAUAUUUACUGGGGUUAUAGGGACCGGACUAAUCUGAAGUGGGAAUUAUAACUGAAAUACUGUGUAUUCAUAUUAAUUCCACAAACAUUAGCAAGACAGCAAUAGUGAAUGACUUAAUAGUCACUACAAGAAUGAAGUGAUUCAUGUUGGUACAUGAAUAGAAAUGAUUUUGUGUACAGGAUGCAUUUUAAAAA